AAUUAUAAUUAUAAGGCUAGAGAGAGAAAGAAAGAGACAUUGCUUUUCUGGUAGCACAAGAGAAAUAAAAAAGAAUCUACAUUCAUUGAUUUUCUCUCAACAUUGGAGUCUUCUUUACUCCACACACACAAAAACUGCAUUUCCUUUAUCUUCUCUUUUUCAAACUCUACAUUUUAUCCUGCUUUCAGGGUGGUGUCACCUGAUUUUGUUUUUGACUUUAUUAAUAAUUAUUACUACUUUACUUGACAUUGUUUCAAAAGAACAAAGUUAUGGCAGGAGGAGGAGCUCCAGCACCUAAAUCAGAUGAACCACAACCACAUCCACCAAAGGAUCAACUACCCAACAUUUCUUACUGCAUUACUAGUCCUCCUCCAUGGCCCGAGGCCAUACUUCUUGGUUUUCAACAUUUUCUAGUGAUGCUUGGCACAACUGUGCUCAUUCCUACUGCUCUUGUUCCUCAGAUGGGAGGUGGAAAUGAGGAGAAAGCAAAAGUUGUUGAAACACUACUUUUUGUUGCUGGUAUUAACACGUUGCUGCAAACACUCUUCGGAAGUCGACUACCUGCAGUUAUUGGAGGGUCUUAUACCUAUGUGCCAACAACAAUCUCGAUUAUUCUUGCUGGUCGAUUCAGUGGUGAACCAGAUCCGAUAGAGAAAUUCAAGAAGAUAAUGAGGGCAAUCCAGGGUGCUCUUAUUGUUGCUUCCACUCUUCAAAUAGUACUUGGCUUUAGUGGCCUUUGGCGUAAUGUUGCAAGGUUCUUAAGUCCACUUUCAGCUGUUCCAUUGGUUUCUCUUGUUGGUUUUGGGUUGUAUGAGUUAGGUUUUCCCGGGGUUGCUAAAUGUGUAGAGAUUGGACUGCCGGAGCUUAUAUUGCUAGUAUUUGUUUCACAGUAUGUGCCCCAUGUGAUACGUUCGGGGAAAAAUAUCUUUGACCGUUUUGCCGUUUUAUUUACAAUUGUAAUUGUGUGGAUAUAUGCUCAUCUACUCACUGUCGGAGGGGCCUAUAACGAUGCUGCACCAAAAACACAGUUGUCCUGCCGCACUGAUCGUGCCGGGCUUAUAAAUGCUGCUCCUUGGAUCAGAGUUCCAUAUCCCUUUCAAUGGGGAGCACCUACAUUUGAUGCAGGCGAAGCGUUUGCCAUGAUGAUGGCAUCUUUUGUUGCUCUUGUAGAGUCCAGUGGAGCUUUCAUUGCUGUAUAUAGGUAUGCAAGUGCAACACCAUUACCGCCGUCUAUUCUUAGUCGGGGUAUCGGUUGGCAGGGAGUUGGCAUUCUGUUGUCAGGAUUGUUUGGAACAAUCAGCGGAUCGUCCGUCUCUGUAGAAAAUGCAGGCCUUUUGGCCUUGACACGUGUCGGAAGUCGAAGAGUUGUGCAGAUAUCGGCCGGAUUCAUGAUUUUCUUUUCAAUUCUCGGAAAAUUUGGAGCAGUUUUUGCUUCUAUACCACCUGCAAUUGUUGCUGCCUUAUACUGCGUAUUCUUUGCUUAUGUUGGUGCUGGAGGUCUUAGUUUUCUUCAGUUCUGCAAUCUAAACAGUUUUAGAACAAAGUUCAUAUUAGGCUUCUCUAUUUUCUUGGGCUUGUCUAUCCCACAAUACUUCAACGAGUAUACAGCAAUUAAUGGUUUUGGUCCAGUCCACACAGGCGGAAGAUGGUUCAAUGAUAUAAUAAACGUUCCAUUCCAAUCAAAAGCAUUUGUUGCGGGUGUUGUGGCAUUUUUCCUAGACAAUACUUUACAUAAGAAAGAUUCAUCUAUUAGAAAGGACAGAGGAAAACAUUGGUGGGACAAGUACAAAUCAUUCAAGGGUGACACAAGAAGUGAGGAGUUCUAUUCACUUCCUUUCAAUCUAAACAAGUAUUUCCCAUCUGUUUAAUUGUUCACAACAGAGCAAAUAUCAGAUUGAAUCUUAUUAUUACAUUCUAUAUAUAGCCAUAUGAGUAGUCUUCCACUCUAUUAUACCAUUUUGUAAUACAGUUAUUUUCUUGCACUUGUUUAUGUAAAUUCUCAUCAAGUGGAUUCACGUAGUAAAUGUGCAUGGCUAAUUUUCCUUUUUUGAUACAUCAUGCAUUGUUUGCAUUUUCUACUGUAUUUAUUCAUACUAUCUAUUCAUUUAAAUGUUUACUUUA